GCAGCGAAGGGGCGGGCCGGGGCGGCUGGGACCGCAGCCGGCGGGCUGCGGGCGUCAGUGCUAGUCCGCCCGGCCAGGGCGCGGCAUGGGGCGAGUGCAGCUCUUCGAGAUCCGCUUGAGCCACGGCCGCAUUGUCUACAGCCCUGGGGAGCCGUUGGUGGGGGCCGUGUACGUGCGCCUGGGAUCGGCGCUGCCUUUCCGAGCCAUCCGCGUUACCUGCACGGGGUCCUGCAAGGUCUCCAGCAAGGCCAAUGAUACGGCAUGGGUGGCGGAGGAGGGCUACAUCAACAGCUCUCUGUCGCUGGCCGACAAAGGGAGCCUGCCAGCUGGAGAACACAGCUUCCCCUUCCAGUUCCUGCUUCCUGCUACAGCACCCACAUCCUUUGAGGGCCCUUUUGGGAGGAUCGUGCACCAGGUGCGAGCCACCAUUGACACGCCACGCUUCUCCAAGGACCACCAAUGCAGCCUGGUCUUCUACAUCCUCAGCCCCUUGAACCUCAACAGCAUCCCAGACAUCGAGCUCCCCAAUGUGGCCUCCACCACCAAGAAAUUCUCCUAUAAGCUGGUGAAGACGGGUAGUGUGGUCCUGACCGCCAGCACUGAACUCCGAGGAUAUGUGGUGGGCCAGGUGCUGAGGCUGCAGGCUGAUAUCACCAACCAGUCGGGCAAAGACACUAGCCCGGUAGUGGCCAGUCUCCUACAGAAAGUGUCCUACAAGGCCAAACGCUGGAUCUAUGACGUGCGCACCAUCGCUGAGGUGGAGGGUGCGGGUGUCAAGGCCUGGAGGCAGGCACAGUGGCAGGAACAGAUCUUGGUGCCUGCCCUGCCCCAGUCGGCCCUGCCAGGCUGCAGCCUCAUCCAUGUGGACUACUACUUGCAGGUCUCCAUCAAGGUGCCUGAGGCCUCUGUGAUCCUCCCCGUCUUCGUGGGCAACAUUCCAGUGAACCACCCGCAGCUCUUUGCGGGGCCACCCCCCGGGGCACUGUCCCAGGUGCUGCCAUCAGCGCCACCUCAGGAGGAGGUUGAGGCAGAGGCAGGUGAACCCCAUGCCAGGGGUCUUGUCUCCCUCUCCACCAAGAGCCACUCCCAACAGCAGCCAGCACCUGAGGCCUCCCACUGUAUGCUGGGGAGCCCCGAGUCCCGUCCUCAGGAUGACAGUCCGGCCCCCCACUCUGUGCCUCCACCCUUGUGUAUCUCCACGGGGGCCACGAUCCCCUACUUUGCAGAGGGCUCUGGGGGACCAGUGCCGACCACCAGUACCUUAAUUCUUCCCCCUGAAUACAGCUCGUGGGGCUACCCCUAUGGUGAGUGGGGGGCCUGGGGCUGGUUGGGGCAGAGCAACCUGAGCCUAUGCAGACCUGGCUCUCUCUCUGCAGAAGCCCCGCCAUCCUAUGAGCAGAGCUGUGGUAGUGCCGACCCUGGCCUGAGUCCUGGGAGCUGAUCCUUUGCUGCCUGCUGCAGGCAGGCUGACCUCUGCCCUGGGACUGGGCACCCAGGGUCUUGUGCCUUCGCUCCAGCCUGGCCCUGCCCACUCAGGACCUGCUUGCCCACACCUCCAGUCCGGCCUCUGCUGCUUCCAGGAGCCCCCCACCCCACCCCAGGGAGUGAGACACUCAUGUAAAUAAAAGUGCUUCAUUUGUA